UGAAAAGUGAAUAGUAUUUUCCUCUCAAGUGACUGGAUUGGGUGGACCCCUGGAGAACACAGUUGCUGGUUGCACCGGGCUCUGAGAAACUGGCAGGACAGGUAGUGCUGUCUACUUCAGAGUGCAAAGUUCUGGCUGCUGUUAUCUCUUUAAACGGAUCCAGCUCACACCCUGCUGGAUAAAAGAGAAAAAGGCAGGCGCGACUUAAACUCUGGGACUGGGAACAAAAGGUCUCAGGACAGAAACCUGCAGAGCACACAGCUGCUGGAGAACCCCGCGGCUCCUGGAAGGUGAACCCCAAGAAUGAGGCUGCUCAAGCUGCUGAUUAUCCUGAUCCAACUUGGAGCUGCCAGGACCCAGUCGGGAAAGUUCUGGCACAUCUCUGACCUACACUUUGACCCUAACUACACCGUAUCGGAAGACCCCUUCAAGGUGUGCCCAUCCGCUGGCAACCAGCAGGUGCCCAACGCAGGCCCCUGGGGUGAUUAUCUCUGCGAUUCUCCCUGGAUCCUCAUCAAUUCCUCCAUCUACGCCAUGAAGGCCUUCGAGCCAGCACCUGACUUCAUUCUCUGGACUGGUGAUGAUACGCCCCACGUACCUAAUGAGAACUUGAGUGAGAAGGCCGUUCUGGACAUUGUGGAGCUACUGACCAACCUCAUCAGAGAGGUCUUUCCAGAUACAAAAGUCUAUGCUGCUAUGGGAAACCAUGACUUUCACCCCAAAAGUCAGUUACCAGCCGGGAGCCACAACAUCUACAAUCAGAUAGCAGAACUGUGGAGACCAUGGCUCAGUAAUGAGUCCGUUGCUCUCUUCAAAGAAGGUGCUUUCUAUUCUGAGAAGUUGCCAGGACCAAGCAGUGGGCGGAUCGUGGUCCUCAACACCAACCUGUACUACAGCAACAAUAAACAGACAGAAGGCAUGGCUGACCCUGCCCGGCAGUUCCAGUGGCUAGAUGAGGUGCUGACCAAUGCGUCCAGAGCCGGAGAAAAGGUGUACAUCAUUGGCCACGUUCCUCCGGGUUUCUUCGAGAAGACUCAGCACAAAGCCUGGUUUCGGGAGGCCUUCAAUGCAGAGUACCUGAAGGUGGUUCACAAGCACCAUAAGGUCAUUGCAGGGCAGUUCUUUGGGCACCAACACACUGACAGCUUUCGGAUGUUCUAUAAUGAUGCAGGUGUUCCCAUCAGUGUCAUGUUCCUCACGCCUGGGGUCACUCCCUGGAAAACCACAUUAACUGGGGUGAUCAAUGGGGCCAACAAUCCAGGCAUCCGGCUGUUUGAAUACGACCGAGCCACACUGAGUCUGAAGGACAUGAUGACAUACUACGUGAAUCUGAGCCAAGCGAAUGCACAGGGGACGCCAAAAUGGCAGCUCGAGUACCGGGUGACAGAGGCCUACAGGGUGCCAGAUGCAGGAGUCCAGUCCAUGCACCAGGCAUUGGAUCGCAUUGCCAGCGACCAGGAGGUGCUGCAGCGCUACUACGUCUACAACUCAGUCAGCUACGACUUGCUGGACUGCAGGGAGGUCUGCCGCACGGAGCAGGUGUGCGCAAUGCGCGAGGUGGCCUUUGCUGCUUACGAGUCCUGCUUGCGAAGCCCCGCAGCCAAACCAGCGUCCGGCUUCGCGCUCCUACUGGCGGCGCUGCUGGGCCUGUGCACCGUGCAGGCUCGGUGACCCGGGAAUUCCUUCUGGGGCCAGGCAGCGCCUCCAAGAGGGGAACUUUCCCACCAUUUCCGCCGCCAGCACUGAGGGAACUGGAUAGCACUUCGGGCUCAAUAAAUAAAACCCCGAGGACCUCGCAAUUCUGUCAGGUUAUAACGAGAGCAAGCAAGCAAGCAAUGGCACAUUUGCCUGUUAUUUCUUCGAACAUGUAAACGACCUUCCUAGUCCUUGCAGUAAUGAAUCUACAUCUACUCCCUUUGUCGGAUAAUCAGAAUAAAAGGAGUCUCCGGGAAA